AUGUUCGCCGCAAGGACCGCCUGCCGCGGCUUUCAGUCCGCGCAGCCACUGAAGCAGCAACUGCGCAAAUACGCCACGGAGCCCCCCACUCCGACACCCCAGGCCCCGAAGUCGUCCUCCAACACCUUGCUGUACGCCAUCGGAGCCGCCGCAGUCGGUGGAGGAGCCUAUUACUUCACGCGCCCCGGCGCCGCACAGAAGGCCGAGGCGAAGAUCAAGGAGGCGGCCGGUGCUGCGAAGGAUGCCGUGCCCGGAGUUGGCGCCAAGAAGGCCCUAACCGGCGGCGACCAGGGCUUCAUCUCCCUCAAGCUCGAGGAUGUCGAGAUCGUCAACCACAACACCAAGCGCUUCCGCUUUAAGCUGCCAGAGGACGACAUGGUCUCUGGCCUGCACGUUGCCAGCGCCAUUCUGACCAAGUACAAGGCCCCGGAUGCCGAGAAGCCGACCAUCCGACCGUACACGCCUGUUAGCGAUGAGAACGCCAAGGGAUACGUGGACCUGUUAAUCAAGAAGUACGAGGGCGGCCCGAUGAGCACCCACCUCCACGACAUGGCUCCCGGCCAGAGACUGGACUUCAAGGGCCCCCUCCCCAAGUACCCUUGGACCGCGAACAAGCAUAACCACAUCGCCCUCGUUGCAGGCGGCACCGGCAUCACGCCCAUGUACCAGCUGGCUCGCGCCAUCUUCAGCAACCCUGACGACAAGACCAAGGUGACGCUCGUCUUCGGAAACAUCACCGAGGAGGAUAUCCUGCUGAAGAAGGAGUUCGCCGAGCUCGAGAACACGUAUCCGCAGCGCUUCCGUGCCUUCUACGUCCUUGACAAGCCCCCCAAGGAAUGGGCUGGCAACAAGGGCUACAUCAACAAGGAGCUGCUGAAGACCGUCUUGCCCGAGCCUAAGAGCGAGAACGUCAAGGUGUUCGUUUGUGGCCCGCCCGGCUUGAUGAAGGCCAUCUCUGGGCCUAAGGUCAGCCCUCAGGACCAGGGCGACCUGACGGGUAUCCUGGCCGAUCUGGGCUACUCCAAGGACCAGGUUUACAAAUUUUAG